GAUUGUUUUGUUUAGAUACAAAAGAAAUCCUAUCCUAGUACAUUCGGCUAUUAUAUCUCCUUAUCUAGACAGUAUGUUGAGUAAACUAAUUGACCUGAGAGAUUUAAAAGUCUCUGGAUGCUAGGCUAGGUAGAAGUUAGCAUGCAGCUACAAUGCUAACUAUUUAGCCUGUAAUCUAUUUCAUUUCUUCAUUUAUUUGUCAGUAAAAUGUUUAUAGAUUGAUGGGUUUGGAUGGAUUCUCAGUCUGCACUCGUUUUCCUAACCGAUUAGCGUUUGUUUAGGUAAUAUUUCUCCUUCGUUUCCUCACUUUCUGUUAUGUUGACAUAAAUAAGUGGAAUCUGAAUAUGAAUAUUAAUGAGAUGGAAACCAUGGACACACCUGUUGUCACAUCAUUACGUCAGAGGGAUGAACAUGAAAUGCAAACUGAACAUAUUAUAGACAGUAUCACAGAGGUGGAAGAUCUCAUUACUCUCCCAAGAAUAGAUAGAAGUAAAGAGACAAAGCUGAUAGACAAACUGUCAGAAAACAGUUCAAACCCUAAUGAUCUCCAUGUGGACAUGCAAAAUGAAGAGGCUGUUGUGUUUGAUGGAUCAGAAACUGUCAAUGAUUUGGAGGACAACAGCCAUGAAGAUUCAGGGGAAUUUGUUGUGACCGUGUUAGCUCGAGGAAAUCUAAAAGAUCAGGAUGUAGGCAAGAGAAUUUCUCCCCCUAUCUUAGAAACUCCUCUAGAGGCUUCUACUCACUGGGAUGAGGAUGUGACUGCAGAGACCUGGAGACAGCACAGGAAGCAUGUGUUUGUUCUGAGUGAGGCUGGGAAGCCCAUCUACUCCCGCUAUGGCAGCGAAGAAGCCCUGUCCUCCACCAUGGGUGUCAUGAUGGCUCUGGUGUCCUUCAUUCAGAGUGGGGACAAUGUCAUUCGUUCUGUUUACUCAGAUGAGCAUACAGUGGUCUUCAUGCAGCAGGGGCCUCUGGUGCUUGUCUCUGUCUCUAGCACCCGUCAGUCUGAGCAGCAGCUACGCAAUGAACUGCUUUAUGUCUAUAACCAGAUUGUGAGCAUGCUCACCCAAGCCAGCAUCACCCGCAUAUUUCAGCACAAGAAGAACUAUGACCUGCGACGCUUGCUAGUUGGCUCAGAGAAGAUCCUAGAUGGUUUAUUAAACCUGGUUGACUUUGACCCUAGUUUCUUGCUCUCAGCUGUGCAUUGUCUACCUAUUGCCUCUUCAUUCAGGGACUCUCUUAGCCAGAUACUUCAGAAAGCCAUCACUCCCAACCUAGUAUUCUCUAUCCUCAUUGCCAAGAACCAACUGCUGACCAUUGCGCAGGAGAAGAUGGUGAUUGAGGAUGCCAAGCUAGAUCCUGCUGACCUUCACCUGCUGCUGAACCUUAUUGGUGCCUCAUCCGCAUUCCAGUCUGGUGAGAUCUGGACACCAAUCUGCCUCCCCAGCUUUAAUCCUGACUGUUAUUUUUACGCCUACAUCUCUUACCUGGACCAACCUGAGUGCACUGUGUGCCUGCUGCUGCUUUCCACAGACAAUGAGGCAUUUUAUGAAGUGUCAGCAUGCAAGAGAAAGAUUGAGGAAGCCAUGCAGGCCCAAAAUGCUCUGACCUCCAUUGCCAAAGCUCAGUCCUACAGCGUUAGUCAGGUGGGAGUGUCUGAUCUCCGGCACUUUAUGUACAAGCCUUUUGAUGUUCCAGACAACCACCAUCAGCUGACACAGUUCACCAGCCCAGAGUUGGAAGCUCCUUACGAUAGUGAGGAAGAGAAGAUGAGGCUGCUGGACCUUUACAGAGAAAUGCAUGGCCGGAUACACAACACUUCACGCCCUCUUAAACUCAUCUACCAUGUGGGGUUGCGAGAAACCCUGCUGGCUUGGGUCACAACCAAAUUUGAGCUGUAUACUUGCUUUAGCCCUCUUGUAACAAAGUCCUGUGCUAUCAAUGCUAUUACAAAACUUCUGCGGUGGGUGAAGAAGGAGGAAGACCGUCUUUUUAUACGAUAUCCCCCGAAGUACUCAACCACACCCAAUGCAAGCAAAAGCUAAGAGUGGUGCUCAGAUGAAAUAUGCUAAUAACAACAUCCUCUGUGUUAGAACUGACACUAAGAACUCAGAUGGAUAUGGAGCAUGCUGCACACUAUAUUCUGCCCAAUACCUCAGCAGCACUGGAGUUUUACUUUAUUCAUUUUGUCCUAACUUAAUGUCUUUGAAUAACGAAAAACACAUUUAUUGGAUUUUGUACAUAAAUGAUCAUGCAUCAAAUAACUGAGGCACUAGUUUCCAUAUUAUCCCUAUUUCAAAUGCUGAAGUUACUUUAUUAGCACAGGGGCUGAAAAAAAACUAUGUUUCCUGAUUAACAUCAGCUUAAUUUGAAUAUUUAAAUAGUGGCAGUGUGUAAUUCAAAGAUUUGUCCAAACUAUAUAUAUAUUUGUGUGUGUGUGUGUGUGUGUGUGUGUGUGUGUGUGUGUGUGUGUGUGUGUGUGUGUGUGUUUAUAUUCUCUUUUCUAUGUCGGUGUUCUGUAAAAUCAAGCUGUUUGACACUUGGCAAAUUCAAAAAUUAAAAAAAGAAUUUUUAAAUUGACACCAAGAGGGAUUGUGCAAUAUCAGCAUCAACAAAAGACAAUAUUAUUGUCCCUACAUGAUGUUAUAUUGACACAAAAUAUUAAAUAAUUCCUUUAUCACAGAGUAUAUUAGUUAUAAUACUUCACCUGCCAGCUGUUUUGUAGGUAAAAGGAAAUGGGCUUUAACUAAAGUGUCUAAUCAAACAAUAUACAAAUAGGAAUGAUACCUUUUUGACCUGUACUCUUUUGCUCAACAUUGAGCUGCAUAAACACAGAAAAUGGAGGCCAUCUGGACAUUAAAAAAUUGGAUUACAUAGAAUUAUGUUGUAUUGUUGUGAGGUUUCUGUGAUUGCCACAGUACCAAACUUUAGAGCUGGUUAAAAUAUGCCUCCCCUAUCAUUGUGUUUUUAAGGUAAUGCUUCUGAAAGAUUAAUGUGUUUAUCAUACUAUAACUUGAAACAUCACAAAUAUUUAAAAAAAAAUGUUUUAUGGGGUAAAUAGAUCAAAGUUUCAUUUCUGUGCUUGUUGUAGCUUAUGUAUACGGGUAAAAGGCAUUAAAACUUUACAAAGUUAUUUUCUUAGCGCAAGCUUUUCUGUUUAAUUUUUGUCUAACUGCAAUGGCCAUAAAAUGAAGGAGUGAGUUUAUAUAAAAACUAAUGUGAUUAUUUAUUUUGGACAUGCAAGAAUCUGAUAUUAGUUUGCUCAGCAAAAUAUGAAAAUCAAAUUACCAGAAAAAAAAUUAUUUUAGGCAAAGUUUGAUCAGCACAUGCAUAUGUGCAUUGACAUAUAUAGCUUAUAAAAAUUACAUGAAGGUGCUCAGAUUAAAAAUAUUUAUUAAUAAAGUGACGAGUGAUUUUUGAGCAGACAUGAACUUUGUUCUUCCAAUCAAACAAGAAACAUGCUAGAUUAAAUUUAAAUUGUGUAAUAUUAAAAUUAUGUAGUGUUUAAAAACUCUGUUACUAGGUUUAUGAAAUAGCUUAAAAACCUUUAAAAGUACCAUUGCAUGCAUGUCAUACCUGAUUGUUAAUUUAUUGCACUUUUAAGAUUUGUCUGUUUUCCCAUUAUUAAAUUACUUAAAUUUAUUUCAGAUAGUUUUGUAAAUGUACUCCUUGAAGACUGCCUUGCAACAAAUUUAAUUUUCUUGGUAAAUCAUCUUGUACUGUAAAAUGAAGGUAUCUGGGUUUUCAUUUAUUUAAUUUUUUAUUACGGUAUCUAGUCUUAGAAUUUGCUGGUGUGUAUUAUGUCAUUGUAUCACUUUUUAGUGUGAUUUCAUUUUACUGGCAUGUAAAAACAGUGACAUUUG